ACAGGAAGUGCUGCCUGAGAGGCUGAACUCAGGGUAAUGCAAUCGUCUGACAACAUCUUUUAGAGGCCAACUGUGUCCGGUGACAAAACAAACAGCUUUCUGUCGCCGACAGCAAUUCAAUCGAGGGAGUUGGACGCAUUUUAAUCGGAAGAAGAGUCGCCCGGGUUUCACCUACACUACAGCCUUUUUCCAGCCAACGCCACCACCCCCACCAUGACUACUGCUGUGAGAGGUUCUGCCAGCGUGCCUGUCCGAGGUGCUGGCGAUGGCAUGGAAACUGAAAAACCUCCUGCAGUUCUGGAGGUAAACACAGAUACACUGCCACCAGGUCCAUCUGCAGUUCCCCUCCUGAAGGUGGCUAGCCCAAAACACAGCCCAAAAUCUACCCAUCCGCCACCCCCUGCUGCCCCCCAGCCUCUCGGGGUGCUCCACCUGGGCAAGGUGAGUCGAGAGGCCUGCACAGAGGUGGAGGCUGUGAGGAUCGUUGUCCCACGUGCUGCUAUUAGCCGAAGCAGCCGUACAGGACCUGCUGAAGGGAAAGGGGAGGCGGGGCAACAGGCUGAGGAGCAAGGCUCUCCCCCGCUGCCUCUGGUGGAGGACUGGAGGGUACAGUUGGAGAAGCUGCAGAACUCUGAGCGCAGGCUGCUGCAGGACAAGGAAGGCCUUUCCAAUCAGCUCCGUGUGCAGACAGAGGUGAACCGUGAGCUAAAGAAGCUAUUGGUGGCGUCAGUGGGUGAUGACCUUCAGUACCACUUUGAGCGUCUGGCACGGGAGAAGAACCAGCUGAUCCUGGAGAACGAGGCUCUCGGCCGGAGUCUGGCACACACCGCAGAGCAGCUGGAGCGAAUGAGUAUCCAGUGCGACGUUUGGAGGAGCAAGUUCUUGGCCAGCAGAGUCAUGGCAGAGGAGCUGACGAAUGCCAGGGCAGCUCUACAGAGACAGACCAGAGAGGCACAAGGAGCAAUUCAGGACCUGUUGUUAGAGAGAGAAGAGUUCUCCAGGGACAUGGUGCUCACUCACAGAUCUCUGGAGCAGCUCCUGGUGUCUCUGCAGUGGGGCAGACAGCAGACGUACUACCCCAGUGCACAGCCCCUCAGCACAAGGGAGCUGGCAGCAGCCAAUCACAAGCUGGCAGAUGCUAUCAACUCCCACCUGCUUGGUAACACCAACAGCAACAGCGGAAACAGCAGCGGCAACGUGGUAAAGAGCAGCAGUGCAACAGCUGAGCAGCUCUGCAGUACACCAGCUGAGAAGAUGGCUGAGAAGGUGCUGAAGAUUUUAGAUCCAAUUUCCUGUACAGAAAACAAGACUGAACCUCCACUCAGUGACUCCACCCCAUCAAACUUUCUCAACAACAAGAAGAGCAUUGGCAGAUUUCACCCGUAUACACGCUAUGAGAACAUUACUUUCAACUGCUGUGAGCGCUGCACAGGAGACAUUCUGGUGCUGUAGACGUCAAAGAACGGCAAAACAUCCACAUCUGACACCAGCACAGCAUAUUUCAAAUGGUCUGAACAGGGGUGUACUCGGAGGAUCCUGCUGCUUUGUGCUUUAUUUUCUGUACUAUACAUUUCAGUGCGUAGCAGCCCUGAGGGUUUUAUAAUGGUUUGAAAUUGUGUUAACCUGCUGUUUUUUUGGUUUUUUUUUUGAGAAAAUUGAGUUGUUUUUGUUCAGGAAUCAUGAUGUUGUUUGCAUUUUAGAGCCAUUGAUGCCUGGUUUAAACCAUGAAAAGUGCUAUUUAUUAUUGCAGGGAUGUGAGGUGACGAUGACCCAGUGUUACACGAUGAACAGACACUGUUAAGGUAUCUGCUUCAAACUUGACCAUUAGGCUAGUGUUUUAUUUAAAUUUUAUUUAAAUAUUCCUAUAUCCAUCAGUCAGUGUGCACACAAUAGAGCAAACAAUAGCGUGAUAUUUGACAGGUCAGCCUGUAGUGGAAAUACCCUCCAGAAAGCUAACUGCACCUUCAUACAUACACUGUGACUGUGUUAUAAAAAAAAAUAAGAGCGCCUCCCCAGUUCCUCAGUAUGAUGGUGCUAUCAUAUUUUACAAAAGAUUGUAUUAGCGUAUUUUGUAUGUUGUGUGCUGUAAAAGCAUUUUAAUACACAGUACAUUCAGUAUUUUGGAAGGGGAUUAAUGGUACUACUAUAGGCUGUUAUUGUGCUGCGUCAUUCAAAGGAAACCCUGAUAUUGUCAAAUCUGCACGCACACACACACACACACACACAUGCAGUUAUUUGCAAAGACUUUUGUGGCGUUAGGAAGAAAAAUUUGAGGCAGAUUUUUUUCUGAAAUUUUCAAAGUUAUUAUUAUUUGACUUGUUAUCCUUUAAUCAUGUUAUAUUAAUUUGGGUGAUGUUUUUUUGUAAUUCAUUAUUUAAAAAAAGAUUUGGGGACUUGGUUUUUGCCUCAGAAUACACUACUAUGAAAUGUAAUAUAUUGUACAUGACUUUUUGCAGUUUUCUAAAAACAAGCUGUAUGAUAUUUUGGUUUACUUUAUCUGUAUGGAGAAGUGAUGUUGAUGGUGUAAUUUACAGUGAAAGCACAUCAUUAAAAAUAUUUAUACUGUCCAUCAUUUGUACAUCAGAUCAAAAUAAAGACCAAAGUAGUUUCUAUCUUUUUAAAAAA